AUGGACGUCGACGCUCUGAAAGUGGGCGAGCUCAAGGCGGAGCUGAAGAAGCGCGGGCUGCCGACGACCGGGCUCAAAGUCGAGCUCGUCGCGCGGCUGCGACCGCACCUAGAAGCAGACGCGGAGACCACCGACGACGCCGAUGCCGACCGAGAGCCCGCCGCGCGCGCGGAGGCCGCGUCCAGCACGCGCCUCGCCGCGCUCGAGAUCGAGGUGAGGGACCUGCGCUCGCGGCUCGCGGCCUCGGAGGAGCGCGAGGCCGCGCUCGGGAAGCAGCUCGCGGAGGCGGCGAGGAAAGCCGCGGGCCGGCGCGUCCUCGAGGACGCGAAGGACGCGUCGGAGUUGCUCGACGAGCUCCGCGAGCGCCUUCGAGCGGCGAAAGACGCGGAGACGAGCGCGAAGGCGAAAGCGGACGACGCCGCGCGCGCGACCGCGGCCGCGGAGGCGGCGCGCGAGGCAGCCUCGGACGAGAUCGUGUCCCUCAAGGAGGAGCGCGCGGACCUGGAAGAGCGACUCGCGCGCGCGGAGGCGGCGGCGGCGGCGACGACGGCGUCCGAAGCCGCCGGCGAGUUCGCGUCGAGGGACGCGCUGCGAGACGACCUCGCGCGACGCGAGUCCGCGCUCAGAGCGGACGUCGCGGCCGCGGCGAAGCGGGAGGAGGACGCGCGCGCGGAGAUCAGAGCGAAAGAGGAGGUUCUGACGCGGAUGAUGGCGGACGUCGCGGCGAUGAAAACAUCCGCCGGGGUGACGUUCGACGUCGACGCGAUAACUCCGGGCGGUCCGAUCGGCGCCGGUCCCGGGUUCGUGAACCAACGACCGGGCGGGGAUAAGGCCCUCGGCGCGCUCGCGCGCGCGCUCGAGACCGCGGGGGAGAGGGAAGGGGACAUGCGCGCGAGGAUCGCGGCCGCGGAGGCGGCGGCGUCGAACGCGGCGCGGGAACUCGCGCGCGUCGUCGCCACCGCGCAGGCGGCGGAGAUACUCGCGAAGGAGAAAGCGCGCGCGGUGGAGAUGGAGUGGGAGGCGCGAACGCGCGAGACGCGGAUGCAAUCGGACGAGACGGUGCGGCUCAGAGAGCGCGAGUUCGAGUCUCGACGGAGGGAGUUAGAGGCGCGCGUGAACGACUUGGUUCGCGCGAUUGAAAACUCGCGAGAGAACGCGAGACGCGCCGCGGACGCGGCGGAGAGACACGAAGCCGUCGCCGCGGAGGCGAACGCUCGCGCGGCCGCGGCGGAGACGCGCGCUGAGAAGGCGGAAGACGAACUCGACGAGAAGACGAGGGAGUUCGCCGCGAAGCUGUUCGCCGCGGAAAACGCCGCCACGAUCGCGUCAGAGGCUGCCUCGAACGCGAAGGAAACCGCGGGGAAGGACCGCGCGUACGCGGGCGAGAUGGAGAACGCGCUCAACGCGGUCGAGGAAUGUUCCGGCGAGCUCGAACGCAGGCUUCAGGCUGCGGAGAGCGUCGCGGACGAGCUCGCGGCGGUGAGGCAGACGGCGGCGUCGGACGCCGCCUCCGCCGCCGUCGCCGCGUCCGUCGCCGCCGCGCGAAUCGACGAACUCGAAGCCGAGCUCGCGGCGGCGGACGCGAGAGCGGCGGAGAGCGCCGCGGACGCGGAGGCUGCGCGCCGCGCCGCGGACGCCUCCGCGGCGGCGGCGACGGACGCGGCCGCGCGCGCGGAAUCCGCGGAGAAGGCGCUCUUCGAGGCGGAGGACCGAGACGCGGAGAACGAGGCGAUCAAGUAUCUGAAGGAGAGGCUCCGCGAGGCGCAAGAACGCGCCGCGCGCCUCGAAGCCGAGCUCGAGAUCAGCGAAGCCGCGGGCGUGGAAGGCGCGAAGCUCGCGGAGGAGGCGAAAGCGGGCGCGCUUCGAGACGCGACCGCGGCGGCGAGGAAAGCCGCCGGGCUCGAGCAGGAGAAACUUCACGCGCGAGAGCGAAAGUUGGAGGCGGAGCUGAAGCUCGCGCUGGAGGAGAACAACGCCGCUUCGGUCGCCGCCGCGGCCGCGAACGCGCGCGCGGAAACCGCGGAAGCGAAAGCGACGGAGGCGACGACCGAGGCGAGCAUCGCGAAGGCGGAGAUGAUCACCGCGCGGACGGAGUGCAACGCGUUGCGAACCGCGUUUCAGGCGGCCAAGGCGGAUAAGCUCGCCGCGGAGGAACGCGCGGCUUCCGCGGACGAGGAAGCCGUGAAAUCGAUCGCGCGCGCGCACAUCGCGGAAUCGAACGCGGACGCGUCCGCGAUGCGCGCGAAUAAGAACGAACGCCGAGCGAACGCCGCGGAAGCGUUGGCGUCGAAGUUGAAGACGGCGGCGGAAGUCGCCGCCGCGGAAGCCGCCGCGGCGAAAGACGCCGCAGCGGACGCGGAAGCUCGACGCGACGCCGUCGCGAGAGAGGCGAAGUCUAGGUGCGACGCCGCGGAGGCGAGGUGCGACGCCGCGGUGAGAGAGGCGGAAGAGCGCGCGAGGGACGUCGUCGACGCCGCCGCUCGCGAGGAAGCGCUGCUCUCCGUGCUGAGAAGCGCGAAGGCCUCCGUCGCGGGGGAGGGGGGGUGGGUCGAAGAGCCGCGGCCGGUCGGCGUGCUGCCUCCGGAGGCGCCCGCGCGUGGGGCGACGGACGACGCCGCGGUUUUCUUCGACGCGACGCGCGACGCGCACGUCACGAAGAGCUACGCGAACGAUCCCGCGGCGGCGUUGCGCGCGGCGGAGGAGACGCGCGCCGCGCUGGCGGCGACGAGGGCGAGCCUUUUGAACGCGUUCGACGCGAGAGAAACUCAAAAUAGACCGCGACCGUAG